UGUAACGCCUCUUCUAUAUAUAACAAUAUAAGCCAAAGCACGCCGUCUUACCAACAAUUUCGGUGACUUGCAGCCAACACUGUGGGAAAGCUGACAGUCUAACUCAUUAAGCUAACCAACAGGCCAGCCUCUACAGGCGGAGCUCGUCGUCGAUGUUAAGUAGGCCGUUGUCUUCUUCCCUGUGUACACGUGACCUAGUAUCCGGCACAGAAGCACAUGGGCUAUUAUUAAAUCUCAUGGCCGAAUCUCGCCCAAUGCUAAUUUACCUUUUCAACCCACUUCUGUCCCACCUUCACGCCCACAACGCCUGCGGGCAGUCCAUUGUAACAAUGGCUCCGACCUAUUCCGAGUAUUCUGUCGACGAAGAGAUUGCCAGCUUCUUCUCGAAGACAUCAGCCACUCGCUCAGCAUGUGAUGAUCGAGCAGAGGAACUCGCUGGGGGCAAAGUUGUCCCGGUCCAGGUUCAGGGAGUCUGCAGCUACUCGGUUUACGCCGGACCGGACCUUGAGUACGUUGUCCAGUUCCGGCUCAAGUCACUGGAACUCAAGGCCGAGACUGCCGCGCUAGCGAGGAAGGUCUACGGGUCCCUGGUACCCGAGGUCUCAUUCAAGGGCCAGGUCGGCGACGGGACGGACGGGAAAGAACCCCUCUACGUCUAUUUGAUGAGUCGUGUACGGGGUAUAACUCACCUGGACUUCAUCCUGGCAUACGGUCACCCUGCAAAUUCGCCCGAAAACUUCGAGUGGCGCAAGAAUCUUAUGACAGAUUUGGCACGAUUCUUUGCUCUCUCAUGGAACACACCCCAGCCGGUUGAUCCAGCCUACCGCGAUCGCCUAAGCCAGACAUACGUUAAGGAGCUGGAACUUUUACUCCUCACUCUGCCAGAUCGUUUCCAGCCUAUCAUUCAGAAAUGCAUCGAGUCAAUGGAUGCCAUUCUUUCCUUGCCCAUGGUGCUUCUGCACCGAGAUUUUGGCACCAGCAAUAUCAUGGUCGACGACACAUCCUUUCGCUUGGUCGGAGUCAUUGACUGGGCUGAAGCCGAAAUCUGUCCAUUCGGGCUUAAUCUUCACUCCCUCGAAGCUCUGACCGGGCACCUCCACCUCCGGAAUGGCUGGGCGCGGUACGAGGACUACGAUACCCUGCAGCGAGUGUUUUGGGAUACCUUCAAGCAGGAAGCCAGGGGAUUGUCGGAGGAGAGUCUCCGAGCCAUUGACAUAGCGCGGGUCACUGGGUUACUGCUAUCUCGUGGCUUCACUAGUCGACUGGCGAGCGAGCCAGAGCCUGUGCCCAUUGGCAACGAUGAACGCGGACGCUACAACAUGCUAUCACUAGAUGGAUUCCUCAUAAAUCCAGUCACAAGGUUCCAUGAUAUUUAGUUGAGACGGUGGCUCAACGGUGAUAGACAAUGGAUCGGGGGAUGGGCAUUGAAUUGAUAACUAGAUACGGAAAAGAUGUUGAACACAAGAAUAUAGAGACCAGCCACAAAGGUAGGUAUGAAAUUGGAACGCGACGUAGGUAAUGUGAAUGAUUGAUCUCAUAUUUUAAACUGCCCAUAUCUUAGAUAAUGAAAGGCAUUCAUCAAC